AAUGCAGGAAUAAGCCAGCUGUGACGAGUGUAAAGCAGAUACUGAAUAUUUUAUAAGGUACAUUAAAUAUCAUACAAAGGUAUUUUAUUAAAAUUUGGAAUAAAAGGUGACUGGGAACAAAUUCUAUUUUUAUAGUACCUUACCGGUAAUGUUUCGUCUGUGGUAAACAAGACCAGCGUGAAAUAUCGAAGUGUUGUUGGAAUUCAAUAUAUUUCAUGUGUAAGAAAUAGUAAUUGAGAAGAUAAAAAGUGGAAACGCAUGAUGAAUAUCGGUUUGCAAUAAAUCUUCAUAAAAUAUUUGUUUCAAAAGUGUGUUAGACGUAGCAUUCUUUUUAAAACAAUGUCUUAAAGCUUUACAAGGAAACAAUAAUACUUUCGCUUCAGGAAAUGUAAUUCAUUCUUUAACUAAAUGCAAUCUUUACAACAAAUUUUGAACAGGACCUCUUACAAAAAGUAUGAACAUUUCACUUUAAAAUUAUACAAUCGUUUCCGUAUUGGUUAUAAAGAUAACAGUUUUGUCACAAUAACGCGCAUGCGCAACUUAUUUUAGCGCAAUAAAUGUCAACUUGAGGAGGAUUUACUAUGUACCAUUAAGAGACCAGUGUUGUUCUUUUUAAAGAUGUAACAUAUUACAAUUUAAAUAAAAAGCAGUGUACUUCAAGAUGUUCGUAAAAUCAUUAAUGUUUGAUAAACGUGUACUGAAACUCUUGCUAUGUCCUCACAUAUUGACACAUUGUUUGGAGUAAAUUUGUCGCACCUGUGAUAGAGUUACAUGAUGGCACACUAUAAAUCAAGACUGUCAAAACAGACAUUUUCUGAGUAUCUGAAACUUGGUCUUGCCUUACAAAUAACGAAGGAGGGUCUGCAAGGAGUAGUUGAAACAGAAACAGUAGAGUUCCAUUGUAUGAUCUUGCAGGAGAUUCGUAGAAAGCCACUUUGUUCUGAAUGCCGAAUAGAAAACGUUUUGGAAUGUCCAACUGUUGGGUUAUGCAAGCGAAAACAGUGUCCGUUUCAUAGUUCUUCGUUAAAACAACCCCGCCAAUGUCCAAAUGGUACCUGCAAUAUUUUCAGGGAUAGAGUGAAAGAAGCUUUUAGGUACGUUGCCGAACCAGCUUGGAGAAAUACAGAUGCUCAACAAUGGAGUAAGAAUGCGUUUCAGUUGACGAAAUGUUUUCUGCCCCCCGAAACAUAUGAAGACGUAAAUUCAAUAGAAGAUGUUGACCUCUACGGCCUUAUUCGUGUCAUACUUAACAACAAACGCUACGAUGAAAAGAUAUCAGAAGACCUUUCCAGAGAAGAAACAACAAUUUCCCAGGUCUUAAAGAUUGAGAAGACCUAUCGCAAUUCCGACAGUCUCACUGUGUCAGACAAGGAGGUCUUCGAUUACAUCAACUUGAUGAUACAUGUGCUAACAGAUUCAAAAUUAAAGCAUGACCACAAAGCAAAAGAGGCUCUAUCCAAACUCAAACAACUAAAAGCAGAUACACUCCAGACCAGCACGCCUACAAUAGUAGCCAUUUUGACUGAUGCUAUUCAGUCAGCAAUAAAAGGAAAUGGGCUGAAGAAAAGGCAGAUUGGAAAAAGCAAAAGAAGCAAUUAUCAAGACACAGCAGUAAAUAAACUCAAAUUAAACGUUUUAAACGGCUGUCGUGACAUAUUUUCACGUGAAAACAGGAAGAUUAAAACGAGUCAGUUAGAAGCUUUUGUAUCUGAGAAAAGACUUGCAAUUACCGAACUUAAAGAGACAGUAAAGAAACUUCACGAAUCACAAGAAAAGGAAAAUCUUAAGAAAGCAACCGCAGUUCCAUUACGAAAACCCUCGGAGAAUGAAACGGACGAUUUUAAUAUGAAUGAUUCAGAGAGAGUGACGGCUAAUGUGAGAAGGCUUUCGUUGCCAUCGUCUUCUUUCGUGAACGAAUCUUAUAAACAGUUAAAAUCUGAAUUAAAACGCGACCUCAUACUCUUCUAUCGGGAGCGACAUAGUACAUUGCCAUUAUCACCCCUGAUUCAGAAAAAUAAGGCGCCUUUAUUGGAUUUCUAUGUACCACCAGCAAUAACGGUCGUCGGCCUGGACAAGGGUUUAUUCGACGAAAAAGAGUACCCAAUGUAUAAAGAUGUGAGUUCUCUUGAAGAUAUUUUUGUGAAGACAAAAGGCAAAGACUUAUACAGAAACAUAUGUUUAACGUCUCCUCCUGGCACAGGGAAAACAUCAUUUGCAAAACACAUGGCAUUAGCGUGGUGUCAAGCGCAUAACCCAGAGAAAGCUCAUGAUACAUAUUUUUCAAAAACAGAUCAAGAAUUUAUGCGACUCUUUGAGUUUCUAUUUCUCAUAUCUUUGCGAGAUGCUCGACAAGAAUGUGAUCAAGAUGCUAUGAUUAAAACACUGGUGUUAAGUCAGUUAGAUCAAAACCAUCUUUAUACAGAUACCUUGCUCCAGGAUGUUUUACACAAGGAACGUUGUCUUGUGUUGAUGGAUGGUUUAGACGAAUGGCGACAUCCUAAACCAGCGAGUAAAUUUUGCGAGCUUGGCAAAUCUGACUUUCCACAUACAAAAGUUCGUCCGGUAUGCACAACUUUGACAACCUCAAGACCGUGGACACUGAACAGUGUCAGAAACUGUGGUGCUGAUAUUGAUCAACGCCUCGAAAUUCAAGGCCUUGGAAAAGAGUCGUCUAAAAGGCUAGUUUGCAAAGUGCUUGCUUACCUUAACAAGAAGAAUGUACACAAACAGAAUACGUCAGAUGAGACAUUUUUUAAUAUGUUGUCGUCUAAAGGUUUGCAAAAAUUUGAGUCAAACCCCGUUAUUUUGAUGCAAUUGCUUUGUCUCUGGUACGAAGGCACAGAUCUCGGAGAGUCACAAUGCGAAAUAUACAGCAACAUGCUCGAGUUGCUCUUUCGGCGAGCGGAAUGUACCAAACACUUUCGCACUAAAGGAAAGCAAACAAUGAAACUCCCUAAUUGCUUUGCAAGAAAUCCACUGUGCAAAAAGAGCGCAAAGCUUUUGCUUUCCUUGGGGAAAUUAGCAUUUGCUACACUUUUCAGAGGAAAAGGAGAAUCUGUUUACGUUUUUGAUAGAGCCGUUGCUAGAGAACAGUUGCAAGAUCAAGAUGUACAGAAGUGUCUAGAAGUGGGAAUUCUUUCUCAGAGUGAAGAACAAGGAAAAAUCACGUCAGAAAAUAUCAAACUCAGUUUUUUACAUAAAACAUUCCAAGAGUUUUUUGCUGCCUUAAGUAUUGCAUCAAAGAACAAAAUGACAAAGGACGAUGAGAAGUGUAUGUUUGAAAAGCACGACUCUGUACGAGAUUUGUUACAGCUAGACGUCAUUCUUGUUUUUCUAUCAGGAUUUGCUCCAAGAAUAACAAGUGGUCUCACAAAGCAAACCAGUGAAAUAGUAGCAAAUGACAACGUCACAAAAGAGUACAGAGCAAACAUCGGGACACUGUUUUUGGAAAGUCGAGUAUACAUGAACGAGUUUUGCAGCAUGAUAACAAAAUGUGUGAAAGAAGGCAUUUGCAAUAAACAUGAUGACCUAGAAAUGUUUUAUAUAGAAGACAUAUUUAUCGACGAUCAGUGUGUCGAUAAGCAAUAUGCUUUGGCUCUAAAGUGUCUUUUGGACAUGAAUGCUACAAACAUCAGGUCCCUCAGCAUACAUGUAAUGCAAACAAUUAACGAUGGAAACAUUAAGCGCAUAAUGCAGCAGUUGAACAUUCGGACAAUUUGUAAUCUUGAAAAGCUGUAUGUCUGGGGAAACAUCCCACGAGUACUUCUUCAAAGUCUCCUGCAACUAUCGAAACACACAAUGAGAUGCUUAGAGCUGUGGGGAAUGCAGCUGUUUUCAGAGGAUGUCUCCAUUAUAUCGACAAUGAGCAAUAUAAGAAGUCUGUCGUUUCUGAGCACCCCUAUGACACAUGUUGUGUUAGAAAAAAUGAUGCUACAUUUCGAACAUCGAACACAGUUAUCACAGGUUUCUUUACAAGACAUUGAAUGCACUGAUCACUCCGAAACCUGUCCAGGAUAUUCAUUACAGCUUUCAGACAAAUCCCGACUAUCCUUGCUUCUAUUAGAUAAGGUGAAUUUGGCACGCAUUCAUUUCAAUGCCGAAGAACUGAGAUGGUGCAUUGUUGAAUGGCUUCCAAUCCCUGGUGCGCUCACUAGUCUGCUUCAUUGUCUUAAGAACGCGACAUAUCUGGAACGGUUCGACUGUGAUGGACCAGCAAGUUUAGAAGAUACACGUGAGCUUGUUGCAGCCGUAUCUACAUUUGAAACUUUGGAAUAUCUCAGACUGAGACAUGUACAGAUAGACGAUCUCUCCAUAGACUUUACUAAAUUACAGACUGUUAAACGUGUUCACUUCUGUAAUGUGACGAUGGGAAGCGAUGUACUGAAGAAUGUCAUCUCACAGGUUAUGGAUUUAAGUGCACCUGUGACUGUUUUCAUGGAUAAUUGUAAAAUUACACCACUUGAAAUGUACCAGAAGCUCAAAACUCAGCUCCGGUCCUCUGACAAAACUGAAGUUCUGAUGGAAAAGGAAGACGGUCUGGAAUGCAUGUACUUCAAAACGAUUCCUUCGGACAACACCUUAAAGAACACUAGUAAAACAGUGCCUGGAACUCCCGAAUGGGAACAGUGCUUUUGUGAAGAUUCAGCUACAGCUCGGCAGCUUGCUAACAGGUUGUUAAAAAAUCACAUGUUACCUGAUCAGUGUACACUAGACAAGUUAUUUGAACGAUUUGGUAGGACAGAUCCAUUGAUUCAUAAAAUAUGUGCAGAAAUUUGUGUUUGCAUCAAAAACAAAUCUUCAAAAAUUCUACACAUUCUACCGUCCUACACCACGAAGGAUAGUUGCAAAAACAUAGUUUUUGUCGUUUUGACAGAUGGAUCUUUAUCUUCUGCAGUGUUAGAUGAAAUUGAAUACACUUUAAAAGUAAGACAGAUGGGCGAAUAUAGUUUAGAGGCGAAGACGGUAACAUUUGACCCAAUCUUUUUAGAUCAGUGUCUAACAUUGAAGGAGUUAGAAAAUUUGAAAAAAUGUAUAAACAAAUACGCAACAAUUCUUAUGUCGAAACAUAAAAUGCUGUCAAUAAUUACACCAAGUCCAGUGAGAUCAAAACGGUACGGAUUUGACGAUUUUCUGAUAGAGCGGGAACCAUGUAUCGUACUCUACGUCCAUACAAAGAAUUACGUACCCAUUGAUGAAGAGCCCUUCCAGGAUUAUUACGACGGUAUACCAAUUGAUGUCAGAGAGGGAGUUUUCGUGACCCAUCCAGCUACUCCAUUCAGUACUGAAGAUACUGAUGUUUUAAAAAUGGGCUGUCAAAUUGGAAGCGAAAUGAGUAAAAAUGCCGGGACUCUUGGGGGAUUUAUUGAACACCCACAAUAUGGCCUAUGCGGUUUUACGUGCGCACAUGUCCUUUUGCCCCAGAUGUAUAUGGAAGCUUUAAAGCGUUCUGGCUCGAUCAACUGGCCAAACUUUUAUCCCCAUGAAACUGUUAACCAGCCAGGGAAUUCAAACAAUGGUGUUGGACGACUUGUGCAAGCUGUAUAUACAGACGGAAAUGAUGGUCAAAUUGGAGUAGAAGUCGCUUUAUUCCAGAUCGAAACGCGACAUCCAAACGCAGGGGAUUUUCAUGCCCAUGAUGAUGUGCGAUUCGAUUCCGGAAAACCACAUGGGUUUUCUCGAAUAAAUAAUGACCCUGUGGUAAAGUUUGGAUGUACAACAAACAAAACUGUUGGCCAGUUUGUACUGAACGAACCGUCAAUAUGCGUAAAAACAAUCAGCCAUACGCUUGAUGUAGGAGACUGUAUGCUAACAUUGCACAAUCAACUGGAAGUAAAAUCAAUCGAAGUACAACAGAACUCGGAGCCAAGAAAAUUCGCAGAUUUUGGGGAUUCCGGGUCUCUUGUAUUGAUGAAAAGACGUGAUCGGGAUGGAGAAUACACCUGCGUGGGAAUGGUGGAAGGUGGAACAUCUUACGGAACUACAAUUGUUACUCCCAUAACUCCAGUGCUUGAGGCGUUAAAUGUAACCACUUUGAAAAGCUUCGAAACUGCAAAAUUAUCAGGCGAACUCAGGGAUGCUAAAACUGAAAUAAAAUCUGAAUUAAACACUUUAGAAUCGAGGGUAAAUCAACUGGAUACAACAUUACAAAGAUUUGGGAAUUCAAUUAUGCAAGAACUGAGAGAUCUGAAGUCAAAAAUGCCCAGUAACCCUGCAGGCCAGCCUCCAUAAAGCAUACAACAGAGUGCCACUAAAAAUAAACGUGUUUCAGUUUUUUGCAGUGGUAAACAAUUGCUGCAUUAGAAUGAUAUGUCAAAGUAUGAAACUAUGAAGAGGAAAAAUGAUCAGCAUCAUUAUUUGUGAUGUGCCAAUGUAUAUAUGUAAUUUAGAUAUUAUAAUUAUUUAAGUAAAUGGUAUACAUUGCCAAAAUAUUUCACAAAAUGUUUAAUGUGUAUAUGUAUGUUCAUGGUAAUUUUCCAACUGUAUUUAGUACAAUUAUGAAACGUUUUAUUAAAAGAGGUUACGACCCAUCUGUUUGAGACACACCGCAUGUUUAGUGUUCAACCCGUUUACAGUUAGACACUACGCUUCCCUCGCUUGUCAGAAGAGGUGGGGACUCUGUGAUAAGCAGUUUUUUUAGAUCCCACCUGGACUGAACUGUUUUGAUUUCUGGCCUGUUUCGUCGGGCCCUUAAAGGUGUUUCUCUUGAUGCUCUGUCUUCUGCAAAGGCACUGAGUACAUACGUUUUUGAUACUUAAGGUUUUCUUUUAAAAUAAUUAUACAGGAGCCAUGCCUUUCGUUUCCAUUGCGUGUGUAAGAUAUUUAAUUUUAUUUACAAUGGAACAUGGUGGGGGUAAGAGUGAGGUUAAGUGCGCGCCAUAAACCGGUUUCAGGUCCCCGGUGUGGUUUUUGCCUCUGACAGUUUUAAGGCGGUACACCACUGUGUUCCAUUAUUUGUUUGUUUUGUCCUCGUGGGUUUGAUUUGUAUGUGAGUGUGUGUUUUAGAAGUGUGCACAUCUGCGUGCUAUGGGUUUUAUUUUUGGGAGGCUGUGUUUUGGAACGUGACAUUCCCUGUAUGAUAUCUAUCUUUGAGAAGUUAUUUUGAUAAUUAAGAUAGAAGCUGCCAUAUGUUAUUUGUAACUUGACUUUGAUUUCACCAAACAUAUCAAAUGAAGCACUGGUCAAUUCAAAUCUACGAGUUCAUGGUAAAAUUAUGAAUUGUUAUUGAAAUAUUUUUAUAUUUGUUACAUAAAUUGUAAAAAAAUGUAACAUUGAUAUAUCUAAAGCCAGGUAGAAAAGUAGAUUAACUAUUGCAUUUUGUAGUUAUGAUAUUAUUAUUGUGGUAAUUAUCAGUAUGGUAGAUUACUGAAGUUUUGUUCGCAAUUUAUAUAAUAUAUCAUAUUACAUAUGGAUAUAUGUUAUUAUAAGUUGAAUAAAUCUCAAUGUUUAAUUGUUAAUUUUCCAAUAGUAUAUACGUUUAAAUUUAUAAACUAUGUUUUCAGCGCAUGCAUACGAGGGUGUAUUUAAUGCAAUGUAAUAUCUAAUACUCAUCAAAAGUAUCAUAUCAUUAGUGCUUUGCCAAUUUCAUAUGAGACAUGUAUUAUUUGAUAAUUAACUUGGACAUAGAUAGAAUGUUCCCAGCAAAAUAAAAAAUGAAUGGCAUAUAAUAGUAUAUUAGUCAGUGAUUGUAAUGUUUUUUUUUUACCUAUUGUAGUUGCUAUUCUCUAUAGAUUAUUGUUCAUACUAUUCAUAUUAUGUAAAUCAAAUGUAGGAGAGGCCAGUAUAAAAAUAUUACUGUCUGUAAAAAUAAUGAUUGGCCUCUCAACUGGCAUAUAUAUGGCAAAUAUACAAGUAUUAUAGACAUUAAUAAUAACAAUUUUGGAAAGGAAGAUUAAUGUUUUCCAAUGCAUUUGAAAUAUAAGGCAAAACGUUCAGAAUGCCUAUCAUACAUUUGAACUCAUAUUCAAUAUUUUUAAAUAUUUUCUGAAUGAUUAUGUUAUAAAGAAUAGAUAAUCCUAGUUAAGAAUUUAUCGGUAUCAUUUUAAAUGAUUUUUGUGUUUCGCAACGUCUUAAAGAAUGUGUCUUAAUACCAAAAUGAUCAAAUUGACAAAGCAGGUUUUACGUUUAUAUUUUUUUUCAAGUUUGGAGGAUAAUUGUAGCUACUGGUAUCCUCUGUAUGAUAUCCUCCCAUGCUACGGAUUGUCUAGUUACUUUCUAACUAGUGCUAACGUCAUUCCUGUAUAUUAGUGUAACAAUAGACAUUUUGAAAAAUUUAAUUUUAUGCCUGUUUAUAAAUUCAGUAUCUCUUUUUACUUUUUAAGUACUCCAUACAAAUAAAUAUAUAUUUUAAUAAUAUGUAAAUAAAAUUAACAAAUAGCUAAAACACGUCUAGCUGAAAAUGUAAUCGCAACUGAACUGUGGAAGACAGUGUUAUGGGUUCAUAUUUCAGUUUGGUGUAAUGUAUGAUGUGUGUCGAUAACAGUAAAGACAACUGGAAUUAUCUCUAUGCUUAGAUUAAUGAAAGAAAGCACCAUCUAAGUGAAUAACUUCCUUUUUGUCUGUAGAGCGGUUCAGAUAGUAUUAAAGCCAAUUAUCUUUGUUAUAAAAAUCGGUAGAUAAGCAAGCAUUUCUUAUCACAAAUAAAUAUUUUCAUACAUAUUCACUGUUCGAUACGUUGUGUUUUAUUACAUAAAUGGCUAAAU